AACUAAACCUUUUAAUCUUUUAAAUUUCAACUGACUCUAUAGUUUCUAAUUAACAUUAUUAACAUAAUUAACAUUCCUGUACAUUAAAAAUAAAGUUGUCGUUUGACAUAUAGACAAAUAUUUGACGUGAAAAAGUCAAGAUGUUAUCCAAUGUGUCUCAUAAUGACGCAGCGUCCUCUGUUUGCAGAUAUUGAUGAAUGUGUGGUGAACAGUCUCCUCUGUGAUAAUGGCCUGUGCCGGAAUGUUCCAGGAAGCUACAGUUGCACCUGCCCGGCGGGGUUCAUCUUCAGACAUGACACAGAGACAUGUGAGGAUGUGAAUGAGUGUGUGAGCAGCCCAUGCGUCAAUGGAGUGUGUAAAAACAGUGCAGGCUCUUUCUACUGUGAAUGUUCACAAGGAAGUAAACUGGACAGCACUGGACUUUUAUGUGUUGACAGUGUGAAGGGUUCAUGCUGGUUAACUCUUCAGGAUGGUCGUUGUGAAGUUAACAUCAACGGAGCUACACUGAGGUCACAGUGCUGUGCCACACUAGGACUGGCGUGGGGCAGCCCAUGUGAACCAUGUCAAACUGAUCUAGUGUGCGAACGAGGAUUUGCUCAGUCAAGAGGGGCUUCAUGUGAAGAUGUGAAUGAAUGUGAGGUGUUUCCUGGUGUGUGUCACAAUGGACACUGUGUGAACACUAGAGGCUCAUUUAAAUGUCAGUGCCCAGAAAGCCUCACACUGGAUGUCACUGGACGCCUCUGUGUUGAUGUUCGUUCGGAGCCGUGCUUUCUUACUUACGAAGAAGAUGUGUGUACACAGCCGGUACCAGGACGCUUCCGCAUGGACAUGUGUUGCUGUACGGUGGGUUUGGCUUGGGGCAAAGAUUGUGACUUAUGUCCUGAGCCUGGUACUCGGCAGUUUGACACCCUGUGCCCAAGAGGACCAGGCUUCGCCAACAAAGGAGACGUUCUCACUGGCAGAGCUGUCUAUAAAGAUAUCAAUGAGUGCAAAGUUUUCCAAAGCAUUUGUGUCCAUGGGAAAUGUCGGAACACCAUUGGGAGCUUCAGAUGUCGCUGUGAUAGUGGAUUUGCACUGGAUACCAAUGAGAAAAACUGCACAGAUAUUGACGAGUGCAUGAUCUCUCCUGAUGUCUGUGGUCAUGGCACAUGUGUGAACACUUUGGGCAGUUUCCAAUGUGACUGUUUUCCUGGCUACGAAAGUGGAAUCAUGAUGAUGAAGAACUGCAUGGAUAUUGAUGAAUGUGAGCGUAACCUUUCACUGUGCAAUGGAGGCACCUGUGAAAACACUGACGGCAGCUACAAGUGUGUGUGUCCGCCUGGUCAUCAUCUGUCUGUGGAUGGCAGUGCCUGUGAAGACGUGAACGAGUGUGAUCUGAGUAGCACACUUUGUCCUAAUGGCUGGUGUGUGAAUUUGGUGGGAACCUACCAGUGCUCUUGUAACUCUGGCUACCAGACGACACCUGAUUGGAAGGGUUGCACAGAUAUAGAUGAGUGCACAAUAGAGAACGGAGGAUGUGAGCUGUACUGUAGUAACUCAGAGGGCAGUUACUCCUGCAGCUGUGGUCAGGGUUACAGUCUCACGCCGGACCAGCGGACAUGUUCAGAUGUGAAUGAAUGUGAAGAGGUUUUAGACAUCUGUGAAGGUGGUCAGUGCACUAACGUUCCUGGAGCAUAUCAUUGUUUGUGUUACGAAGGAUUUAUGGCUUCCGUGGACAUGAAGACAUGUAUUGAUGUGAAUGAGUGUGAACUGAACGACAACAUCUGUGCAUUUGGGGAGUGUGAGAACACCAAGGGUUCUUUCAUCUGUCAUUGUGACAUGGGUUACGCCGUAAAAAAAGGAACCUCUGGCUGCACUGAUGUUAAUGAGUGUGAGAUUAACAGUCAUAACUGUGACACACAUGCCACCUGUGUCAACACACCAGGACAUUACCACUGCUCCUGCGGGGACGGAUGGUUUGGAGAUGGAGUCAAAUGUGCUGAUGUGGAUGAGUGUGCUAACAGGACUAGCGUCUGCAGCGCCGAUGCCGAGUGUGUGAACACAGCUGGCUCGUACCACUGUGAAUGUUCAGACGGGUUUAUUGGAGAUGGGGUUAUCUGCUCAGAUUUGGAUGAAUGCGCUGAAGAUGUGGAUCUGUGUGAAAAUGGCCAGUGUCUAAAUGUUCCUGGCAGCUAUCGCUGUGAAUGUGAGAUGGGCUUCACACACACUUCAAACAGAAAAACCUGUCGAGAUAUAGACGAGUGCUCCUUCCAGAACAUCUGUGUGUUUGGCACAUGUCAGAAUAUUCCAGGAAUGUUUCGCUGUAUUUGUGAUGAGGGGUAUGAGCUGGACAGGACAGGUGGAAACUGCACAGAUGUGGACGAGUGUCUCGAUUCCUUAAACUGUGUUAAUGGUCACUGUGAGAACACAGCCGGCUCGUACCAGUGUAACUGUCCUAUUGACUUCGAGCUCAAUCCUACUGGAAUUGGAUGCGUUGACACCCGGGUUGGAAACUGUUUUCUGGAGGUGGCGUACAAUAGUAAGCUGGCAUGUAGUGCUGAAAUUGGAUUUGGAGUCAGUCGUUCCUCAUGUUGCUGUUCUCUGGGACGGGUGUGGGGUUACCCAUGUGACCACUGCCCUACACUCAACACCUCGGAGUAUAACACACUCUGUCCUGGAGGAGAGGGGUUCAAACCCAACCCUGUCACCAUCAUCUUGGAAGAUAUCGAUGAGUGUCAGGAGCUGCCCGGCGUCUGUCAGGGUGGAAACUGUGUUAACACAUUCGGAAGUUUCCAGUGUGAAUGUCCAGCCGGAUUCUACCUUAACACACAGAGCCGCAUCUGUGAAGAUAUCGAUGAGUGUGUGCUCAGUUUGGGGGUUUGUGGUCCAGGCACCUGCUACAACACACUGGGAAACUACACUUGUGUCUGUCCACAAGAUUACAUUCAGGUGAAUGGAGGACACAGAUGCAUGGAUAUGAGGAAAAGUUUGUGCUAUCGCAGCUACAAUGGCAGUGCCUGUGAACAUCAGCUCAACUUUAACAUCACACACAGAUUGUGCUGCUGUUCCUACAAUGUGGGAAAAGCCUGGAACAAGCCAUGCCAUGCCUGCCCGAUACCUGGAACUGAUGACUACAGCAGUCUUUGUGGCAGUGUGACUGGAUUCUGGAUCGACAUUGCAACUGGAAAGCCAAAAGAUAUUGACGAAUGUCAUGAAAUCCUGGGAGUUUGUGCUCAUGGUGUGUGUAUAAACCACAUGGGCAGUUUCCACUGCGAGUGUCCCACUGGCUUUCUUUAUAAUGACCUGCUGCUCAUCUGUGAAGACAUUGAUGAAUGCAGCAGCAGAGAGCCUGUGUGUCAGAGAAAUGCAGACUGCAUCAACCGUCCAGGCGGUUAUCAGUGUGAAUGUUCUGAUGGGUAUAUACUCACACCUAAUGGAGACUGUAAUGACCGUAAUGAGUGCUUGGAGACACCCAGUGUGUGUCGUCAUGGUGACUGUGUGGAUAUUCCAGGAGGGUAUGAGUGCAUGUGCCACACAGGAUUUACAGUAACACCAAACCGCAGGAUGUGUGUAGAUAUCAAUGAAUGUUCACAUCAGCCAUGUGGGAAUGGCACGUGUAAAAACUCUGUUGGAUCAUUUAACUGUAUCUGCCAUCACGGAUUUGAGCUCGCCACUAAUAACUACUGUACAGAUAUCGAUGAGUGUGCAGUUUUUCACUCUCAGCUCUGCAGGAAUGGUCGGUGUGUCAAUAAUGUGGGCUCCUUCCAGUGUCUCUGUAGAGAAGGUUAUGAACUCACUUUUGAUGGCAAGACUUGUAUGGAUGUUAAUGAGUGUACAAUCAUUCCUGGGAUAUGUGCUCCUGGAACUUGUCUGAAUUUGGAUGGUUCUUUCAGAUGUGUCUGUCCUGAUGGGUACAUUGUCCAGAGUGAUCACUGCGUAGAUGUAAACGAGUGUUCGGAGGAGCCUGGGAUCUGCACAUAUGGGACCUGCUUCAACAGUCUGGGCAGCUUUGAGUGUGUGUGUAAACCAGGAUUUGUGCUGUCAGAAGAUAAGCGCAGAUGUUAUGACACCAGAGAGAGCUUCUGUUUCACACGCUUUGAGAACAGCAAGUGCUCUGUCCCGCAGGCGUUUAACACCACCAAAGCCAAGUGCUGCUGUAGUAUCAUGGCAAAGGAGGGCUGGGGCGACCCGUGUGAGCUGUGCCCUAAAGAACAUGAUGCAGCAUUUCAGGAUCUGUGCCCAUUUGGUCAUGGGAUCAUUCCUGGUGUUGGGGACACACGUGUAGAUUUAAACGAGUGUGUGGAGAAUCCAGAGAUCUGUGUAAACGGACGCUGCAUCAACAUGGAUGGUUCCUUUCGCUGUGAGUGUCCAGCAGGGUACACUCUUGACUACACAGGAACACAUUGUGAUGAUAUCGAUGAAUGUUCAGUGAGAAACCCAUGUGGAAACGGCACGUGCUCCAAUGUAAUCGGGGCAUUUGAGUGUUUGUGUGAAGAAGGAUUUGAGCCUGGACCGAUGAUGAGCUGUGAAGAUGUGAACGAAUGUGGUCAGAAUCCUCUGCUCUGUGCAUUUCGCUGCAUCAACACUUUCGGGAGUUAUGAAUGCAGCUGUCCAUCUGGUUACACACUGAGAGAGGAUGGACGCAUGUGUCAAGAUGUGGACGAGUGUGCAGAAGAUCUUCAUAACUGUGACUCCAGAGGAAUGGAAUGUAGCAACCUAAUUGGCACAUUUAUGUGUGUUUGUCCGGCCGGUAUGAUCCGCAGGAUGAGUGAUGAGGCCUGUCAAGAUGAAAAUGAAUGCUUGACUCAGCCUGGUGUUUGUGAAAAUGGCCGUUGUGUGAACACUGUUGGCAGCUACACUUGUGAAUGUGGUGUUGGGUUCAAAACGGACUCGUCAGCCACACAAUGUCUUGAUUACAGGAAAGGCUUCUGUUUCACUGAAGUUCUGCACACCAUGUGUCAGAUGUCGUCCAGCAGUCGUGUUCCUGUCAGCAGGUCUCAGUGCUGCUGUAAUGGAGGUCAUGGGUGGGGGGAUCAGUGUGAGCUCUGCCCUCUGCCUGCCACUGCCAACUACAAAAAACUCUGUCCAUAUGGUCAUGGAUACGCCAUAGACGGAACAGAUAUAGAUGAGUGUAAACUAAUUCCAGAUGUCUGUGCCAAUGGCGCUUGUAUCAACAUGAUGGGCUCUUACAGAUGCCACUGCAAACCAGGAUACAUAGCAUCUACUGCAGGAACCGCAUGUGUUGAUGUCGAUGAAUGUGGUAUGUCUCCAAAACCCUGUAACUUCAUAUGUAAGAACACCGAGGGCAGCUAUGCAUGUUCCUGUCCCCGUGGUUACACUCUGCAGAAUGACAACAGGUCAUGCAAAGAUGUGGAUGAAUGUCAGAGCAGACGACACAACUGCCAGUUCUCGUGCAUGAACACCAUCGGUGGAUUCACAUGCAAGUGUCCAGCAGGUUUCAGCCAGCAUCACAGAGCUUGCAGAGAUAUUGAUGAAUGUUUGUCAGACCUAACACCGUGUGGCCUGCAAGGAGCAUGUCAGAAUUCAGUGGGAAGCUUCAGCUGUGAGUGUCCCCAGGGCUUCAGUCUGGACUCUCUCGGCCACAACUGUGAUGAUGUAGAUGAGUGUGCACGGGAUCACAGGUGUCAGUUCGGUUGUCAGAAUGUUGCUGGAGGUUUUCGCUGCAGCUGUCCACAGGGUUACACACAACACCAGCAGUGGAACCAGUGUGUGGAUGACAAUGAGUGCUUGAACGCAGACAACUGUGGUUCAGCUUCCUGUUUCAACACUUUGGGCAGUUUCAAGUGUGGCUGCCCAUCUGGCUUCACCUUUGAUCCUGCAUCUACUAGCUGUGAGGAUGUAGACGAGUGCGGGUCCUUCAUGAACCCCUGCAGAUACGGCUGCUCUAACACACAGGGUGGAUUUGCGUGCGGGUGCCCAGCUGGUUAUUACAGAGCAGGACAGGGGUGAGAUGUGCAUGAAAUGCUCCUACAGUUCAUUGACAUACCGUAGCAUUUCAUAUAAGUAUAAAGUAUAAAAUAUCAUUGAUCUAUACAUUCUAUGAACAAUUUUGAAGAGAAUAUUCUGAAAAUGGUCCACUCAUAGAACACAUACGGAACAAUAU